UUGUUUUCUUUGCUUUCCUUUCACAUCUAUGCUGCUUCCCAAAUCUCAGAACUGAAAACCCAGUUCAAGUUUUUGCUUCUUUUCAAAACUUUUGAUCUGUGGUGUUGAAUCUAUUGAUUUUUUUCUGCUUUUGCUCAGGAAAUGGCUCCAAGUUCAGUUGUUGUCACAAUUGAGAAGCCUAAUAACUUCUCUUUAGUAGAGAUCAAUGGCUCAGAUUCAUCAUUACUUCUUGAGAAACAAAAAGCAGUUAGUCCCAAACAGUUUACUUGGUUUCUCCUUCUGAAAGCUCAUAGAGUUGUUGCUGGUGUUUCAUGGAUGGCUAUGGCUUUUAAAACCAUGGUUUUAUCAGUCAAGAAACGCAUUGCAUUAUCUGAUGUGAGUGAAGAAGAGGCCAAAGGCAGAAGAUUGUAUAGAUUUAUCAAAGCCUUUCUUGUUUUCUCUAUAGUAGCUUUGGUAAUAGAAAUUGUGGCCCAUUUGAAGAAAUGGAAUUUGAACCUGAUACAGCCAUGGGAGGUUCAAGGUCUUGUGCAGUGGUCCUACAUGGCCUGGCUGUCAUUUAGAGUUGAUUAUAUUGCUCCUUUGGUGUUAACCAUGUCAAAAUUCUGCACUGUGCUAUUCUUGAUUCAAUCUCUCGAUCGGCUUAUUCUUUGUCUGGGGUGUUUCUGGAUUAAAUACAAGAAGCUGAAGCCCAGAAUCGAAGGAGAGGCUUAUGACAUUGAGGAUGGCUCAACUUUCCCCAUGGUUCUUGUUCAAAUUCCUAUGUGCAAUGAGAGAGAGGUAUUUGCACAAUCAAUUGCCGCUGCCUGUCAGCUUGAUUGGCCAAAAGACCGGAUUCUUAUACAAGUUCUAGACGACUCAGAUGAUGGAAAUUUGCAGCUUCUAAUUAAAGAUGAAGUCUCCUCGUGGCGUGAGAAAGGAGUAAACGUAAUCUACAGGCAUCGGUUAAUCCGAACUGGAUACAAAGCUGGCAAUCUUAAAUCAGCUAUGGCCUGUGACUAUGUCAAGGACUACGAAUUUGUUGCUAUGUUUGAUGCAGACUUCCAACCAAACCCUGAUUUCCUUAAACAAACUAUUCCUCACUUCAAGGGAGAUCCUGAGCUUGGUCUUGUUCAGGCUCGUUGGUCCUUUGUGAAUAAGGAUGAGAAUUUGCUUACAAGGCUCCAAAACAUCAAUCUGUGCUUCCAUUUUGAAGUGGAGCAGCAAGUGAAUGGUGUUUUCCUCAAUUUCUUCGGAUUCAAUGGGACUGCAGGUGUGUGGAGAAUCGAGGCACUGGAGGCAUCAGGAGGCUGGCUUGAGAGGACAACAGUUGAGGACAUGGACAUUGCAGUUCGAGCACACUUAAAUGGAUGGAAAUUCAUCUUCCUCAAUGACGUAAAAGUGCUAUGUGAGUUACCUGAGUCUUAUGAAGCCUACAAGAAACAGCAGCACCGAUGGCAUUCGGGUCCAAUGCAGUUAUUUCGUUUAUGUCUUCCUGCCAUCAUGACAUCCAAGAUAUCAAUGUUGAAGAAGGCCAACUUGAUAUUUCUUUUCUUCCUUUUGAGGAAACUUAUACUUCCAUUUUACUCCUUCACAUUGUUCUGCAUUAUACUUCCAUUGACCAUGUUUAUUCCUGAGGCUGAACUACCCCUUUGGGUAAUCUGUUAUGUUCCCAUUUUCAUGUCUUUUCUAAAUAUUCUUCCUGCCCCAAAAUCUUUCCCUUUCCUGGUUCCUUAUCUGCUCUUUGAAAACACAAUGUCUGUCACAAAAUUCAAUGCCAUGAUAUCAGGACUAUUUCAGCUUGGAAGUGCUUAUGAAUGGGUAGUAACCAAGAAGACAGGAAGAUCAUCUGAAUCUGAUUUAUUGGCCUUGGCCGAGAGGGAAACAAAAUCUUCAAAUGAAGAGAAAAUCCAUAGGAGGUAUUCUGAGUCUGGUUUGGAAAUGUUGAAUAAACUCAAGCAACAAGAAGUUCCCUCUGUAAAGAAGAGAAACAGGCUAUAUAGGAAAGAAUUAGCACUAGCUUUCCUUCUACUCACUGCAGCUGCAAGAAGUCUAUUAUCUGCCCAUGGAGUUCAUUUCUACUUCUUGUUGUUUCAAGGCUUGACUUUUCUAGCAGUUGGCUUGGAUUUGAUUGGUGAGCAGAUAAGUUAAUAAGAGAAAUAUGUUUUAUAGUGCAUAUACAGAGUUUGGACUGAUUUCCAGCUCUAUGACAAUUUGGCUUGGAUUGGAGCUGGAUGUCAACACAGAUAGAAAACACUGCUAGCUGAAUUAUUAGGCAAGGACUAAGAGAUAAAGGUUGAAUUUUAUUGUAUACUCCUAUAAGUAAUCUGUGUAUGAAUAACGAUAAUUCAAUAUGAAGUUUUCAUUUCAA